GGUUUUUUCUCACGUGACAACGUGUUAAAAUAAUCACUCGAAUUUCAACCGUCGUCGCUUCGGCCUGCUUUAUGGAAAGCGUGGACCGUGUAGCCCUAACAAUAUUUAUUAUGUACCCUACGUUACAAUAGUAAAGCGCACUCACGGCACAGUUUGAAACCACUCGCAAAGUCAUACUAGUAUCCAGAGCAGGGUUAGACACUUUGAUAGUUCACAUAUUUGAUAUUUUAGAAGAUGGCCAAGAUGACAGAAGAACUGGAACGCAUUCUUUCACUGAUCAUCCAGCCUGACAACGUCGUCAUACAGCAGGGAACAGCGCAACUGAAACUGGCUUUUAAAGACCCAGCGGCGAUUCCAAGUCUGUGUACAGUCAUGACAAACUGCGAACACCCUCAGAUCCGCCAGACAGCUGCUGUGCUGCUGAGGAUGAGAGUGAUGAAGCACUGGCCAAAGAUCAGUCAUGAGCACAGAGAGAGUCUGAAGGCUGUGGUCUUACAAGCUUUCAAGGAAGAGACAGAACAAAUCGUGCGUCACUCUAUCUCUCAGCUCAGUGCGAUGCUGGUCAAACAUGAGUCUCCUGAACACUGGCCCGCCCUCCUGGCACUGCUCAACCAAUCCUGUAAAAGCAUCAGCUCACAAGACAGACAGGUGGACCUGCAGCUCAUUAGCAAAAUGGUGGAGUCAAACCCAGAGAACUUCAAACCACACUUCGGCCAGCUGCUGUUGCUGUUUGAUAACGUACUGCAGGACUUGAGUGACCCCAGUGCCCUGUGCCACGGAAUGGCCGCCCUCACCUCCAUGUGUGCCCACGCGAGCACGGAGGAGAUGAACAUGAUACGCUCUCUUGUUCCGAGGCUGAUAACCGGCAUGAAACAGCUCAUCAAGUCGGCUCAGAACGAGGCCAGCGAAGCGAUGGAGGCAUUUGACAAGCUGAUGGAGAGUGAAGCAUCCACCGUCACCCCUCAUGUAGCGCAGAUCGUUCAUUUCUGUCUAGAGGUCAGUGCGGAUGCCUCUCUUAGCAUCUCCCUGCGUGUGAAGACUCUCUCCUCCUUGUCCGUCCUUAUUAAGCUGAAGAGUAAGACGGUUUUAAAGCUCAAGCUGCUGGGGCCCAUCUUGCAGACCGUGUUCCCUGUGUUCUGUUCAGCGCCCCCUGCUGCAGAGGACUCAGAAGACCAGGCACAGGAUAUAGACAGCAAUGAUCCCAGAAGUCUCAGACACUUUGCUGCUGGGAUUAUUGAUACCAUGGCUCUUCACAUGCCUCCUGAGUUACUGUUAGCCCAGCUGAUGCCCAUGACUGAGGCAUGCUUGGCCAGCGGGAAAGCAGACGACCGCGAAGCCGGACUGAUGUGCCUCGCUCUGCUGGCUGAGGGCUGUGCUGACCACAUCCGGACCAAAAUGUUGUCGUCUGUGCUGCAGGUGGCGUGUCAGAAUCUGUCAGACAGCAGUCAGAUGGUGCGUGGCACUGCUCUUUUCGCCCUGGGACAGUUUUCUGAGCACUUGCAGCCUGACAUCGGUAAGUACAGCUCUGAGUUGAUUCCGCUUCUGCUGGGCUACCUUUCUGGACUGGACCACAGCAGGGUGGUGCACGUCUCCAAGGUCUUUUACGCUCUGGAGAACUUCCUGGAGAACCUGGGGGAGGCCAUCCAGCCCUACCUGCCCACCCUGAUGGAGACCAUGUUUUCUGCCCUGAGUGAGACCAACAUUUUGAAGAUCAGAGUUCUGGCCGUCAGUGCCAUCGGCGCCAUCGCCAACUCAGCGAAGGAGAUGCUGGUGCCGUACUUCCCACACGUGAUGAACACGCUGAAGGGCUUCCUUACGGACAUGCGGGAGGAAACGAGGUCGCUGCAGACGCAGUCUCUGGACACUCUGUCGGUGGUGGCUCGCUCUGUGGGGAAGGAUGUGUUCGGCUCCCUGGCGGCAGAGUGCGUGCAGCUGGGUCUGAACCUCACCGACUCCGUGGAUGACCCUGAACUGCGGCGCUGCGCGUACAGCCUGUUCUCUGCCGUGUCCUCAGUGUGUCCCGGCUGUCUGAUCCCUCGCCUCCCCGCCAUCACCACCAUGAUGAUGCUGUCCCUCAGGUCCAUAGAAGGGGUCACGGCCUACCUGGAAGAAGACCAGUUUACCCUGCUGGAUGAUGAAGAUGAGGAUGAAGGAGAAACUGCCUUAGAUGAAGAAGAAGAAGGAGAUAACAGGGCAGUGUACAGAGAGAUUGCUGGGUUCAGCGUAGAGAACGUUUACAUUGAUGAGAAAGAGGAUGCCUGCAAGGCUUUGGGAGAGCUGUCCCUUAACAAUGGCUCUGCGUUCCUGCCUUACCUGGAGUCCAGCUUCCAGCACGUGUACGAGCUGCACGACUUCCCUCACAACGACCUGCGCAAGACUGCGUUCGCAGCGUUGGGCCAGUUCUGCAGAGCGCAGCACAGCGUCUGGCUGAGGAACCCAACCGAAGUCAACCACCUGGCCCUGCAGAAGCUCCUGUCCGUGGUGCUUCCUACGUUCCUGGAUGCUGUGAGGCAGGAGCCCGAGAGGGAGGUGGUGAUGGCCGUGCUGGAGUCCCUCAACGGCGUCAUCAAGACCUGCCAGGGGGAGGCGCUGCACACACCCAGCCGGCUGGCCGAGGUCUUCCAGGCCAUCCGAGACGUUCUCAAGAGAAAGACUGCGUGUCAGGACGCAGGAGGGGAGGAAAGUGAUGACAAUGAGCAUCAGGUGGCGCAUGAUGUCAUGCUGCAGGAGUUCGCUGGUGAAGGGAUUCCCUUGCUGGCAUCAGCUGUCCCUGCCGACACUUUUUUCCCCUUCCUGAACGAGCUACUGCCCCUCAUCAUGAGCAAGGCUAAGCCUUCUUCCACGGCAGCAGACCGCUCCUUUUCGGUGGGCACGCUUGCCGAGACCCUGCAGUUGCUAGGGGGCGUGGCAGGCGGCAGGGCGAUUGCGGGGCAGCUGUCCAGUCAGGUGCUGCCAGUGCUGGUGGGCGGAGUCGGGGACAGUGACGUGGACGUGCGCAGCAACAGCGUGUUCGGGCUGGGGGUACUGGCUGAGACCGCUGGACCAUUCGUCACACAAGACUAUCCCAUGAUCCUCUUCCUCUUCUCCUCCCUUAUGGCCAAAGAAUCAAACAGAAAGGUCAUUGACAACCUGUGUGCUGCCCUCUGCAGGAUGAUCAUGAGCAGUAGUGACAGUGUGCCUCUAGACCAGGUUUUCCCUGCACUCCUGACCUGUCUUCCUCUGAAAGAGGACCUUAGCGAGAACAAGACAGUGUUCAGCUGCUUGGCCUUCCUGUACACAAAGAACCCCUCGCUGGUGGUGGGUAACAUGAAGGCCAUUGUGUCUGCAUCCAGCCAUGUUUUAAGAACCAAUGAUAUCGAUGAGGAUACUAAGAGCAGUUUGCUCUUGUUCUUAAAAAACAUGGCUCAACAUCAUGCUCAGGACUUUGAGGAUGCUGUAAUGUCACUUUCUAAUGAAGAAAGGGCCACAUUCAACACUGCUGUCACUCAAUCAUAGGUCCACACAAAGGGCCUCUCUACCUCUCUAAGCAUCACAUUGAUAUGGGCACAUAAUUUUGACAUUCAACCGAGCAAGUGUGGUGGACUUAUGUUGAAGUAUUACUGU